AUGGAGGCCAGCUCCGGGCAGGCGCCAGGCCAAGGUCACCAUGCCCUGGGUGUCGAAAGCGGGGAGCCAGCAGGUUACGGUGCCGGCAUGUGGGAAAGGCGGGCGGGAGCUGCCAAGGGCGGCGGGUGUUUUGGGGCGGGAACCCGGCUUCGCCCCGGCUGGGCCUCACACCUGCCAGCGCCGGGCCGGGCCGGCGCCUGCUGCGCCUGCUUAUUAAAGGGACGAUUCACUUCCCCUCCCCCGCAAGUAACAGUAUUCAUCAAGAAAGAAAAUGCCGACAAGUUCUUGGAAAGAACGAAGCGUGCUAACUCUUUUUUGGAGGAAAUGAGGAAAGGGAAUAUUGAAAGAGAAUGCAAUGAGGAGCGCUGCUCAAAAGAAGAAGCAAGAGAAGCCUUUGAAGACCAGGAGAAAACUGAGGAAUUCUGGAACAUCUAUGUAGAUGGGGACCAGUGCAGCUCAAAUCCUUGUCACUAUGGUGGACAUUGUAAAGAUGGAAUUGGUUCCUACACUUGCUCAUGCUUGGAUGGUUAUCAAGGCAAGAACUGUGAAUUUGUCAUACCAAAGUACUGCAAAAUAAACAAUGGUGACUGUGAGCAGUUCUGCAGCAUCAAAAAAAGCGUACAGAAGGAUGUUUUGUGUUCUUGUGCAAAAGGGUAUGUUCUAGCAGAGGAUGGCAAACGCUGUGUUUCAUCAGUAAAGUAUCCUUGUGGAAAAGUCUUUGUGAAAAGAAAAAAAAGGUCAGUUAUUUUACCCACCGAUAAUACCAACGUAACUAGUGAUCAAGAUGUCCCUCCUACAAAUGCAACAAGUUUGGAGGAGGACAUUGUGACUACCACAGAAAGCCCAACCCCCCGUCCUCGCAAUGAGACGAGUAGCAAGACUCAGUAUGUCAAUACCAGGAUAGUAGGUGGUGAUGAGUGUCUUCUUGGUGAAUGUCCAUGGCAGGCUGUUCUGUUAAAUGAGGCAGGGGAAGAGUUUUGUGGUGGAACUAUUUUGAAUGAAAAUUUUAUACUUACUGCAGCUCAUUGCAUGAACCAAUCUAAAGAAAUCAAAGUUGUUGUUGGUGAAGUGGACAGAGAAAAGAAAGAACACUCUGAAACGAUGCAUACCGUGGACAGAAUACUUGUUCACUCCAAAUACAUUGCCGAGACUUACGAUAAUGACAUAGCUUUAAUAAAGCUGAAGGAACCUAUAACGUUUUCUGAGUACAUUGUCGCAGCAUGCCUUCCCGAAGCAGACUUUGCUAAUGAAGUUCUGAUGAACCAAAGAUCUGGGAUGGUUAGUGGCUUUGGGCGUGAAUUUGAAGGUGGACGGCUAUCCAAAAAACUGAAAGUGCUUGAAGUCCCCUAUGUUGAUAGGAGCACUUGCAAGCAAUCCACUAACUUUGCGAUAACAGAAAACAUGUUCUGUGCUGGUUAUGAAACAGAGCAAAAAGAUGCUUGUCAAGGAGACAGUGGAGGACCCCAUGUAACCAGAUAUAAGGAUACUUAUUUCGUUACUGGAAUUGUUAGCUGGGGAGAAGGAUGUGCAAAGAAAGGCAAAUAUGGUGUCUAUACCAAACUUUCCAGGUUCUUACGAUGGGUAAAAAUGGUCAUGAGACAAAAUUUGUAG